GGUGGUGCCAGUCUUGUUUACAGAAAAAUAUCCGGAAAAAGUAGAGAAAUUAGCGUUGAUUGCCCCCGCUGGGUUAAUGAAAUUCACGAACCUUCCUUUUUUUGGGAGAAUUCUUACUUUUCCUGGUGUCUCACAGUUGUUGUGUUAUCCAAUAAUGAUGCCGUUAAUCGAAAAAUCAAUAAUCACACGACUCGACAAAGAAAACAAAAUAUCGGCACUUGCAGAUGAGAUUAAAAAUAUUGUAUUGUAUCAAUUGCACAAAUAUGAAGGAUUUGCCAAAA